AUGGCGAAAUUUAAACCAAACCCGACCGCGGUCGACUUCAGACCAAGCCCAGAACAACACUUAAAUUGUUCUGGCCCCAUGUCUCGAAGAUUUAAUCAAAAGCCCACAGUACCUUACAAUGACACUCGGGCCCAGAUACCAUGCAAAUUCUUCCAACAAGGUCGGUGUCGGAACGGUGAUUCUUGCCCGUUUCUGCACUUAAAGGAUUCCAUAGUCGACGAUUCUCUUCAACGCACACAGAAUGAGAUUGAUACGACUUUGAGACAAGACAAGAUCGUUCGUACUAUCUUAGGCGCUUUAGUUCAGUUCGAGAUGGGUGCUAUGGUUGAAAAUGUAUCGUUGCCAUCGGACUUUUCAACCAUUCAAAUCAGCCAACUCCCACGAGAUAUCACAGAACAUUCAGUGCUAAAUUUCCUUCAAUCCUACGAUAUCGACGUCCCAGUAGAGCCCGAAGUCCGCAUUAUUCAUGACCAAGAUCACUCGAGCGCCUUAGUAAAAGCAAGAGAUCCCGAGUUCGCCAAAGCCGCCGCAAGAAAAUUUAGCCUACAGAGCACUUCCCGCUCGGCUAAUCGCGAAAAACCUAUAGUUAUCCCCGUUCAGAACCAUAUAAAGUCAGAUUCGAGCACUCUCCGUGUAGAUUGCUGCAAGGUUCAUAUAUCUUGGCACAAGCCAUACAAGGCUGCGUGGCUCAACUUUGGCGACGAGAAGAUUGCCAAGCGUGUGUACGACAACUUCCAGGCCGGAAAAUACAAAAUCAUGGACCAAACUGUGCAUUGCAACCGUCCGACCGGAGGAGGGACAUUUCGCAAUCCUCUGGCGUGGACUGUGUACUUAACAGAAGUACCAGCCUCCGCAACCGAAUUUGACGUCGAGAAGUCUAUCUCUCAUCAAAUUUACAAGCCCCGAAAGAUCCAGCUUGGAGAUCCCACAUAUAAGGGCGAUGAUGAAACUUGUUCGGCGCAGAUUAAAUCACUCUUCACGUCUAUUGGACCUUUGGAGUGGUGGGAAUUUACUCCCGACACUGCUGGCAAGCGCAUGAAAGCAAGCGCGCGAUUCCUGAGCGAGGAUGAUGCUAGGGAGGCUGCAAAAUCACUUAACCAGACACCUCCCCUCUUCAACAAAAGCGCGAAACUCACUGUACAGUUAGUUCAUAUGGUAAAGUUUAAGGUACAUGUCAAGGUCUACGAAGCAGUCCAAUCCCAGCUUCAAGCCAAGAUCAGAGGUUGGAAGGAUUCACAUCUGACUUAUGUUGCCUACCCAAACACCAACCCUCCGAAAUGGUACCAGGUGUUAAAGCUGGAGGGAGAGGGAGAAAAGGAGGUGGCCAGGGCACAAGGUACCAUCUCCAAGAUUAUAUCCGGUGUAGUGGCUAGAGAUGGUUCUUCCACUCUGUGGCACCCAGCUCUGCGUAAGAAUGGGAUGCUAUUUCAGCAAUUGGCUCUAAUUGAACAGAGGAACGGAAUCGCCAUUAUCCGGAACAAAGUUAAGUCACAACUUCAGCUAUACGGAUCGCCGGCGGCUUGCGAAACAGCCAAAGAUGAGAUUACUAGACUGAUACGAGACGAAUCGUCCCAACAAUUUAAUAUCCAACUUGGAGAUCAUGAAUUGUCGUGGGCGCUUCGAGGGGGUUUGAAAAGUAUCGAGGCGAAGUUAGGAUCAGAGAAGGUUAUACUUGAUAUCACGUCGACGCCGAAACGUAUCACUAUAAUCGGUACCGCCAAAGACUACGAUACGGCAAAUUCCUUAGUCAAGGGUAAAGAGGAAGCACAGACGGAGAUUAACAUUCAAGGGGAUCAAGAUUGCUCGGUAUGCUGGAAUACGGCCGAUAACCCAGUCCGGACGGAGUGCAGCCACGUCUACUGCCUCGACUGUUUCGAGAAUUUAUGCUUUUCCGUUAUGACACAAAACACAGUCACUCGCAUCGCCUGUGUUGGGGGAUCCGGAAGUUGUUCUAAAACGAUGGGGCUUCCGGAGUUACAAGAACACCUGUCGUCGAGUUCGUUCGAGGACCUUUUAGAGAAAUCCCUCGAUUUAUACGUGCGACACAGUCUCCAUUUGUUUGGUUACUGUCCAUCCCCAGAUUGCGGAUAUAUCUAUCGGAUCAACGCCACGCCUAGAAUCCAGAUGUGUCCCAAUUGUCACGAAGAGGUGUGUACGGCAUGCCAAGCUCAGCAUAGGACUAUGUCAUGCGGAGAUUAUAAAGAUAGUUUGACAGGCGGGCUCGAAGCUAGUGAAAGGUGGAAGAAAGAGAACGGUGUUAAAAAUUGUCCCAAGUGUAAAACCCCUAUAGAAAAGGGGGAGGGGUGUAACCACAUAGCUUGUCGGUGUGGCGCACAUAUCUGUUGGGUUUGCUUGGAAACAUUCAAGGUACCUGGUGAAUGUUACGACCAUAUGAACAAAGUACAUAGCGGAAUUGGAUUGGAGGAGCUUCAGAAUAUAUUCGGCUUAAGAUAG